AUGGGGUUGAGCGCAGACAGCGACAUUACCGUCAAGUUGAAGGAGCUGCUCGAGCAAACACCCGAACUGGGCUAUAGAGCUGUGCAUGCGCAGCUGGCCGAGCAGGGCUUCAAGGAUGUGGGGCUGAAGAAGGUGCAGAAACUGAUGCGUGAUCUGAGAGAGGAAGGCUUCGCCGGCUACAAAGCGCAAAGUGAUGAAGCCCCUCUGUCAGAUUGCAAGGAAAGCAACGAAGAUACGGAGGUCAGCGUUUGCAGAUCCGACGUUUCGCAGAAGUUUGGAAUGAUGAUUGAUACGGAGACGUCCUUUGGAGGGCAUCGUAUCAGCGAUAUAAGAGAGGGAGGUAUCAUCCACGAGUGGAACAAGAACAAUCCAGAAACAGCCAUCCAGGUCAACGACAUCCUUUUAUCAGUGAAUGACACGUGCACCUUCGAUCAAAUGAUGGAAGAGUUCAAGACCCAACUCAGCUGCAGACUGCGACUGCGACACGCAGGUGAUCUCAAAGAGGACGACUCAGAAGCUAAGAAGGAGGCAGCUGAGUGGGAGCGACGGAGGGCGCGCGUGACUGCAGCGCUGGUUCCGGGAUUAAAGAAGAUCAUCGACAGCGAAUUUGGGCCAGGAGCUGGUGACAAAAUUGGCCGGGUGGAGAAGAUGUAUCACCGAGUUGGGCGCAAUGACGUCUUUCAAGAGGAACUGCCAUCAGGGCGCCGCCUUGCGCCGGGCUACAUCGAAGAUCUGGCGCCAGUCACACCUUUUCAUGACGUCCAGGACCAUCCGUGGUGCGCUGAGCUUCAGAAGCACUGGAAGUCGAUCAAGCAAGAGCUUCGGAAGAAUCUGGAUGAGUCCCUGUGGACUGCAGGCGCUUAUCAAGCUUCCAACGAGGCUUAUGGAAAGGACUGGAAGAUUAUGGGUGUACUUACAGAAGACAAGUGGCAAGAUGAGAGGCGGUUCAAAGUAACCACAGGCCUGUGA